AUGUGUACGGUUGUUGACUUUUUUUUGCGGGGAGCGGUGCCUCUGGAGUCUGGGGAGAAGGAGGGGUGGGUGGCGAGGACAGGGGCGAUGCCUGUCGAUGCGAAAGAUAUAUGUAUAGAGAUUGUAAAACAACAACAACAGCAGCAUCGCAUUUUACACUGCCCCCCCUCUUCUACAUUGUAUGUUGAGAAUGGGAUGGAUGGUGGUGUGAGUUCUCAUGAGGUCGAUCAAGCCGGUUACCACCCAAGAAGUCGCGGCACGCCGGGCGGUGAGAAGAUCUCGAAGAGGAGGCCGAAAGCUUGAGCCAGACGAGGUUCGGAUGGAUUCGGUGGUGUCAAGAGAUGUUCUGGAAAAAAGCCAACCUUAAUAAAAGAGAGUGCUUUACAUUGUAGAACCCAACUCAACCGUGUCCUGAAUUCUGCCUUCUUCUUCUUCUUCUCCUUCUCUCUGCUGAUGCCAAGCUUUGAUUAGAGAACGGGGAGUCUUGGCACUUGUAGCCAAUCAGCAAUCCAAGCUGGUUAUGUCCUUCAGGCUUCUUCUUGGUCUUCCUUCGAUAGCCUGGUGAUUGCAGAGUGACUCAUCAGCUCAGAAGUUCUUGGAACUCUUCUUCAGUCGGACCAAGCCCGCUCCCGGAUCGCCCCGCAGUCUUGGGUGCUCUCAGCAUGGCUGGAGUCUAGACCCACC